UCUGGCUGCUGCAUCCUAGUAUUUCCCAUGUAUGUGCUCCACUUUCUGGGCUUGUGGAGCUGGAUAUGCAAGCAAUGGUUCCCCCACUUCUUGUCGCGGUUCACGGUGAUGUACAACGAGCAGAUGGCCGGCAGGAAGCGGGAGCUCUUCAGCAACCUGCAGGAGUUCGCGGGUCCCUCCGGGAAGCUCUCCCUGCUGGAGGUGGGCUGUGGCACCGGGGCCAACUUCAAGUUCUAUCCGUCCGGGUGCACGGUGACGUGUGUUGACCCGAACCCCAACUUUGAGAAGUUCUUGUUCAAGAGCAUUGCCGAGAGCCGGCACCUGCAGUUUGAGCGCUUCGUGGUGGCGGCCGGGGAGGACAUGCACCAAGUGGCCGACGGCUCGGUGGAUGUCGUGGUCUGCACCCUGGUGCUGUGCUCGGUGGAGAGCCCGGAACAGAUCCUGCGCGAGGUGCUCCGGGUGCUCAGGCCGAAUCGGGGGACCAAGGUGAAGGCUGAGCUGGCAGCUUGGAGGUACCUCCUCCCUACCGCUGACACUGUGUGCGACCUCACUGCCACCGCCCUUCCUCCAGAGACCGUGGAUGAAGAAAGGACAGCCCACCCUGACUUCUAA